CGCAGAGGAGGUUCGCUGCUGAGGAGGACGGGUCUGCAGAGUGAGAGGUGAAACAACCAGACCGCAUUGAUUCUUGGAUACAGUCGUCUGAGAAACUGUUGCUUAAAACCAAAACCAGCGUGGCAGACAGAAAUAGGACUGAUGGCUGUGAAAUCCCAGCUCAAUGCUCCUAAGACCAAGAACCCCGACACCGGCAGCCACAGCAAGGCUGAAUCUCAAGGCCAAUGGGGCCGGGCCUGGGAGGUGGACUGGUUCUCCCUGGCCUCUGUCAUUUUCCUGUUGCUCUUCGCACCCUUCAUCGUCUAUUACUUCAUCAUGGCGUGUGACCAGUACAGCUGCUCGCUGACCGCCCCCUUGGUGGACAUCGCCACUGGCCGUGCCAGUCUCGCACACAUCUGGGCCAAGACGCCCCCAGUGACGGCUAAAGCUGCCCAGCUCUAUGCCUUGUGGGUUGGCUUCCAGGUGCUGCUAUACACCUGGCUCCCUGACUUCUGCCACAGAUUUCUGCCAGGCUACAUGGGAGGGGUUCAAGAAGGGGCCGUGACCCCAGCGGGAAUUGUGAACAAGUACCAGGUGAACGGGCUGCAAGCCUGGCUCAUCACUCACGUCCUCUGGUUUGCGAACGCUCACUUCCUGUCCUGGUUCUCCCCCACCAUCAUCUUUGACAACUGGAUCCCGCUGCUGUGGUGCGCCAACAUUCUUGGCUAUGCCGUGUCGACAUUCGCCAUGAUCAAGGGCUACCUGUUUCCCACCAACGCUGAAGACUGCAAAUUCACAGGCAAUUUCUUCUACAACUACAUGAUGGGCAUCGAGUUUAACCCCAGGAUUGGAAAGUGGUUUGACUUCAAGCUGUUCUUCAACGGACGCCCGGGAAUCGUUGCCUGGACCCUCAUCAAUCUGUCCUUUGCUGCCAAGCAGCGGCAGCUUUACGGCCACGUGACCAACUCCAUGGUUUUGGUCAAUGUCCUGCAA